UAUAUAUAUACAUAUACACACACACUAGCUCGCACUGCACUGCACUGCACUGCACGCAGCUUGCACCGAUCAGAUCAUCACCACCAGAGUCGCAGCGCCGAGGCGUUUCUCUCUCCUCCGCUCCCUCAACCUCUCCCUUUCUCUCUCUAGCUCGCGAAGAGAAGCUGCGUUCUUGGCUCCGGCGAAGAGAUGGUGUCGGCUGAAGCGGCUCGGAACGUGGUCGGCAUUAUCGGGAACGUCAUCUCGUUCGGCCUCUUCCUCUCGCCAUGCCCGACGUUUUAUAGAAUCAUAAAGAACAAGUCGGUGGAGGAAUUUCAUGUGUAUCCUUACCUUGCUACCGUGUUGAACUGCGUCUUCUGGAUUAUCUAUGGCUUGCCCUUUGUCCGUCCUGACAGCAUCCUUGUCGUCACCAUCAAUGGCGUUGGGCUCGUGAUGGAGCUCAUCUACAUAUGCAUUUUCUUUUUCUAUGCUCCAAACAAGGGAAGGAAAAAGGUGGUCUAUUGUCUCUGCGGGGAAGUUGUCUUCAUUGCCGUGGUGUCACUGGUGUUCCUACUGGUUUUUCACGACCACAAGAGAAGAAUUCUCGCCUUUGGAAUUAUCUGCGACGUGUUCAACAUCAUAAUGUACAGCUCACCUCUUAUCAUCAUGAAAAAAGUGAUCACCACAAAGAGUGUGGAGUACAUGCCCUUCUAUCUCUCGCUAGCCACCUUUCUCAAUGGCUGCGUGUGGACUGCAUAUGCCCUCAUCAAGCUCGACGUCUUCAUUCUGAUUAGCAAUGGUCUCGGGGCACUCCCCGGUGCGGCACAGCUCAUCCUCUACGGUUGCUACUUCAGGUCCACGCCGACGCCGCCGAGAGAUGAGAAGGUCGACGACCCGAAGGCUUCUCAAAUCCAGCUCUCUGUUUCUAAUGGACCAGACAGAGUGUAAUCCAGGAACAUUACCCCCGAGUCCACAAUACCCCCCAACUGCUGCUCUCUGUCUAAAAAAUCUGGGCACUUGUCUUAUGUUUAUAGCCACUUUCCGUUUUUCUGCAUUAAGCUGGGGCUGAGUUGAGGAAAAAGAACUUGUCGUAGCAGUGAGUAGAUGUUAGAGGUUUUUGACUCUUUUCGGAACCUGAUGAUGGUCACCCGUCGGGUUCGUUGCUUCUUAGCUGUUCCUUUCUUUCCAACUCAAAAGUGAACCAAGGCUUAUGUUCGCAUUUUGCUCUUUAAUGCUUUGACAAUUUGUCGGUGGGUUUUUCAACUGGAGGAGGUAACGAUGUGGUUGGCCUAACAUGUUAUCUGUCAAAGUUGCGCAUAUUAUUCUC